AUGGUGCUGCGCAUCCACGCAUCCAGCGAGGAUGACCCCUUCUUUCUGCACACCCUCGAGGUCAGUGAGGAGGACUUCCAAGGACUCAAGGCAGACCAGGGCAUCCUUGUCGAUUUCGGCAACUUCCCUGGCAAGAUCAUAUCUUUGCUGGAGCGCUGCCUCGCGUCGCAGUCGUCAGACAUGCCCCGGUUCCAGGCUGUCCUGUCUGCCAGGGGCGGAGACAGCGUGUUCAAGGUGGUGGAGACGAACGACUUCAAGCAGCUGCCACACAUCACGCUGACAUUCAGGCCCGGCAACGACACCGCCGUCAAGCAGUUCCUGGCCUUCCGGCUGGGUGAGGUGCGCGGCGACAACUCGCAGCUGACAGAGGAGCUGGCAAAGACGAAGGCGGAGCGCGAGGGCGCGCGCGCGUCCCUGGGGGAUGCGCAGCAGCAGCUGUCAGCGCUGCAGCAGAAGCAUGCGCGGCAGACGCUGCAGCUCGAGAGCCAGCUGCGGGAGCAGGCGGCGGCGGCGCACGAGGAGCGGCUGCGGGAGAAGGCGCAGCUCAGAGAGCAGCUGGAGAGGGAGGUGGAGGAUGCGGAGCGCCGCGGCUCCGAGGCGGCGGCGGCGCUGAGCGCGCGCGUGGCUGAGCUGGACGCCAACAACAGAAAGCUUCGGGACGCCAAAUACGCUCUGGAUGCGCAGGUCUCCGAGCUGAGCCACAAGUUGGGCAGCGCCCAGGGGUCGGCGCGGUCCCUGGAGGCGGAGGUCGAAGGCCUGCGGGCGGCCGGCAAGGCGGCGGCCGCGGGGCGCCAUGAGGCGGACAUACAGCUUGCGGACGCGCGCGCCAAGCUAGCGGCCUUGGAGGAAAAGUCCCAGGCGCAGGCGCAGCUGGCGGCGCAGCAGCAGGCGCGCCUCAGUGACCUGGAGGCGGCGGCGCGGCAGUGGGAGGAGCGGUGCGGGGAGCUGCGGGAUGCACUGGCAGCGCACGAGCAGGCCAUGGCGCCUGCUCGCGUCGUUGCCGCGCCCCAGCGGCUGAAGGAGUCUGCCGCGGAGGUGCUCAAGGGCAACCAGAUCAUCGAGAAGCUGCAGAGCGACCUGCGCCUGUCGCGCGACAAGCUCAAGCGCAAGCAGGCCAUCCUGGUGCGGCAGGAGGAGGAGGUCGCCGCACGCGACACAGCGCUGGCCGCCGCGCAGCGCGGCGCGCAGCAGCUGCAGGUGCGCGUGGCGUGGGGGCCAGGCCCGGGGAGGGUCUGCUGGCGUCGCCGGGGCGGGCGCGGGUGCUCACCAGCUGUCGCUGGCCUUGGAAAUGUUGUGGCGCUCUGA